GUAAACAGUAAUCACGUUACAACCCGGAAGUAUUGCCUUUCUCCGAUUAACGUUUUGAAUAGACGAGAAUGAGCAAUUUAUCUCAUGAAGAAACGAUUAAACGCGAUGCUGCGAACAUCGGUCGGUCGUUGAUAAUCGUGUUCGUAUCCUAAUCUUUGUCGUUUGAGGCGGAGGCGGUCGAGUGUGAGCAGCAACGCCCCGAUGAGAGCCACCCCGUCGGAGAAAAAUAUCCUCUCCGUGUUUACAAAUCGACCGAGAGAAAUUAUUUCCCCGCAGAGGGUCGUCGGCUAAUCGUGUGAGUGUAAUAUCAGACGAAAAGGAAAAAAAACAUGGCUGAACUGCAUGUUGUGGAGCAGAGCAGCACGGGCACCAUCGAGCAGCCGGAGCACCGCGACGUCCGCGGCUCUAUGCGCCUGGCGUCGCCCACUCUCAUGGUCCCUCCGCGGGGCAGCCAGCUCAGUCCCGGUGGGGUGUCGAGCGGAAGUAGCGGCGGCGGCGGCGGCGGACGGUCGUUGUUCGGGUUCCCGGGGAAGAACAACCCGAACUCCCCGUCCGAUUCUGCAGACAAGCCGGGCUCACGCUGGGUUCGUCUGAACGUCGGCGGGACAUAUUUCAUCACGACGAAGCAGACGCUGUGCAGGGACCCCAAAUCCUUCCUGUUCAGACUGUGUCAGGAAGACCCGGACCUGGACUCCGACAAAGAUGAGACAGGAGCCUACCUGAUCGACAGGGACCCCACGUACUUCGGCCCCAUCCUGAAUUACCUCCGACACGGGAAGCUGAUCAUGGAUAAAAAUCUGGCUGAGGAAGGUGUUCUCGAGGAAGCCGAGUUCUACAACAUCGCGUCUCUGGUGAGGCUGGUCAAAGAGAGGAUACGGGACAACGAGAACCGGACCUCUCAGGGCCCCGUGAAGCACGUGUAUCGAGUACUACAGUGCCAAGAGGAGGAGCUUACACAGAUGGUCUCCACCAUGUCGGACGGAUGGAAGUUUGAGCAGCUCAUAAGCAUCGGCUCUUCUUAUAACUACGGGAACGAGGACCAGGCGGAGUUUCUAUGUGUGGUUUCCAGGGAACUCAACAACUCCACCAACGGCAUCGUCAUCGAGCCCACCGAGAAGGCCAAGAUCCUUCAGGAGCGAGGCUCGCGGAUGUGAAGAGACCCUGAGCUCAAACACACUUAAUCAACAACAACAACAAAAUAACAACAAGAACAUUUCCCCCAGUUUUUAUCAACCGGCAUCAUCCUCAUCAUCAUCAUCAUCAUCAUCAUCAUCAUCAUCAUCAUCAUCAUCAUCAUCAUCACAUCAUCAUCCUCAUGACCUCGCCUCCUCCUCUGGUGUGCCUUUCCACAGCGGGGACGCCUCCAUGACGCCCCCCCACCCCUCCCUCAGUCCUCGUCCUUCAGAGCUGCGACGGGACCCCGGCUCGUCUCCUCGUUCGUCCUCGUCCAUCGCAGGCUGUGGGACACUUUGGGAGGAUUUAAAAAAAGAAAAAAAAAAACAGGAAUCACGAGUGAGAGGUUUUUUUUCUUCACAGCAGCUUUUUGAUGGUCAGUGUGGAUACGGUGCUGAUUGUUGCCCCCUUUUUUUGUUAUCAGUGGAAGAAGGAUGUACUACAAAAACAUCUUCAUCGUUCUCAUCUGCGCUUUUUAAACCGACCGGGAUGCGUCCUCUCUCUCUGACACGCUCGGCUCCGUCGACUCAGCGGGAAAAAUCUCCUCAGGACUCUCACAGCAGGACGUCACAAAAGGAAACGAACACUGACAGAGCUUUCUUUCUGCACACGAGGGGAGCGCCGACGCCCUGCCGCCCGCCCCCCCCUCCUCCAUCUCCGUGCACUCCCGGAAUCCUCGGCCCCCGACGUCUGAGGUCAAACAGCGUCGCUUCAAAACCGAGCCAGGAGCAGAACGGGAUCGCUGCGUUUGAGCCGUCCCGCUGCAGCGUCUCCUCCACUUUCUGUGUAUUCAAAAACAAACACACACACACACACACACACACACACACACACACACUUCUUCUGUUUCCUGGUUUUUGGGGCUCGACUCGAUCUCUGGAUAUUUCCGCGCUGAUGAAAAAGCGGAAGACUAAAAAAAAAAAGACUUAACCUGUGUACAAUUUGUCAAGGCAUGUGAGGACUCUAUAUAACUCUAUAUAGGCUACAUGAUGAAAUUAUAUGAGAAAAAAAAAUCGAAUGCAACAUGGUGUACUUAUUGAUUUUCUGUAUCAUAGUUGUCAUAUAUAUAUUUACAUAUUCUGGUGGGUCGAUGUAUUUAAAGGACACAGAGAGAGAAUAUCGUAUUUGUAAUCGAAGGUUUUUCCCGCCCGGGUGUCAUGGAUGUGAGAUUGUGUUUUUUUUGCGGCACCUCUCUCUGCUUUCUGUCCGUGACUGAAAACAUCGCAGCUGCUGCACGUUUUUUUUCUGUUGUGUUACUCAAAACAAAACUCCAGAUAUCAUCAUCUUGCAUAUCUUAAAAAUUGUAAUUAGGGAUGAGGAAGGUGAAUCGUCAUCGCCGUUUGGGCAUGGCGGAGAUUAGACUGUGAUCACCUGAGUCACUCAUAUCUCUCUCCUCUCUCUUCUCUCUCUCUCCUCUCUCCCUCUCUCUCUUCUCUCUUUCUCUCCUCCCUCUCUUCUCUCUCUCCCUCUCCUCUCUCUCCUCUCUCCCUCUCUCUCUCCUCUCUCUCCUCUCUCCCUCUCUCUCUCCUCUCUCUCUCUCCUCUCUCUUCUCUCUCUCUCUCUUCUCUCUCUCUGUCUCUCUCUCUCCUCUCUCUCUCCUCCCUCUCUCUCUCUCCUCCCUCUCUUCUCUCUCUCUCUCUCCUCUCUCUCUCCUCCCUCUUUCUCUCUCUUUCCUCUCUCUUUCCCUCUCUUCUCUCUCUCUCUCUCUCUCUCUCUCUCUCUUGCCGCUCCUCGCUUUAAAAACCUUAAUAACUGUGUUUUCUCUCAUCGUGCAGCACUUGUAGCAUCUGUGGUGACGAGUGUCGGCAAAUCUUUCUCUGAGCUUCGGAGUGGAGCUUUUAUUUCAGAUGUUAAGUUGUUUUUUGUUUUUUUUUGCCGGUAGAUUGGCUGAAGUUUGUUUCUUUUGAUUUAUUUAAUAUGUUAAGCUGCUCAUGUGACACGAGCUGAAGACUUUUAACAACAAAGUCAGUUUAUGGUGAAAAAGGUCAUAAUAUAAAAUAAAAAAAAGAUUGCAUUUAUAUGAAAUCUUCUGAGGGACGUUUGGACGCUUCACAUGUUGGAGGGACCAAACAGACGCCUGAAUAUGCACAGCGGUAUUUUUAAGUGAUGUGCAAAAAAUUCAAACAUUAAUUGUUCUUCUACUUAUUUCGUGCAUUCACCAAAAGUAUCCGAUCAAUCUCUAAGGACAAGUUUCUUUGCUUUUCUGUAAUUCUGAAAAUUAGAGAAAAGCUCUGAAAGUCCUGCACACUCCUCCUGCUGAACAUCAGAAAAAAAUCACAACGUUUCAGUCCCUCUGGACCUUUGUGUGUGUGUGUUCUCAAACUAUUUCCCCCCCAUGAUCGUAAGUAGACGCUGCAGACUACAUGUCCCACACCUGAGCACACCCCAGGGGGCGGAGCUUUGUCUACUUAAAGAUCAUGGUGGGAAACAGUUUGAGAGCAACAAUUGACAAAUUCCCAGAGGGACUGAAACGUGUGAUUUUUUUUUUCUAAUAAAAUUGUGAUGUUUAGCAAGACGACCUCGACCCUUUGAUGCAUGUCACCCCCCCCCCCCCCCCCCACCUCCAAACAUUUCCUGCCUCUCUUCAGCUGUCCUUCUAAAAAAAAGAGGCAAAAAGGGCCCAAAAAAUAUCUUUAAAAAACACUUAAACCCUUGAUGAAUCGACUAACCUCGGCAGAUGCUUCAUGAAUGUUUGCGGCCGUGUCACAUGAGCGACUUCAACGCAAAGUUUGAGUCGUGUUUUGAACGUAUCAGGUGGAGAGUUUUGAAACAUUUCACUUGCGCCCGUUGUGCCGACUGAGCUCCCGUUAUCAUCACUGCCCCCUGAAGAAGUGAAAAGGAGGCGUCACAUAUUCUAUCGCUUGAAUCACUUUGAUACGUGUAAAAAGUUAAUUUAUAUCAGCAUGAACUAAAAAGAAUGCCAAAAAAAAAAAAACCCUAUACCUUUUAGUUGUCGCCAUGCUCCCCUGAGCGCGUUCAGUCGGGCGCCGGAGCUCUGAACUUUGAUGUGACUUCUUCUUUGUUUUUAUUAUUUAGUUGUUUUUCCUCUCGGCUGUGUGUCGUGCAGUUAAACUCUGCUGAUCUGAGGCGUCUCAUCGAGGAGCACUUUUUUUUUGUUGUCCCCCUCGUGUCCAGUGUCGUGCCUUUUGACCUGUGUUGUGCACAGUUGUUCUCCCCUCUUAUCACAAGGCGCCUCUCCGACCUUAAAAAAAAAAAAAAAACUUACCUGAGGUGUGAUGUUUAAAAGCGGUCUUUAGCUCGGUUUGUAUCGUUCGUGUUCCAGUAAGAGGCGAGCCGACAAAUCCAUCGACCCCCUCUGCUUUUACUUUCACGUUAUGCUAAAAAAAAAAAAACUCAGCUCCUUCUCGUGCCAUUUGCUUUCAAGCUAAAAUCACGCCAUUUCAAACUGUGUCUGAAUCUGCUGGGAACACUGGGUGACGGUGUUUGCUACUUACUGGGAGGAAAGCAGGAAGACCAGUCGACGCAGGUUUCUUAUCUUAGUAAAAACUCCAGCAGUGCACUUGUAAACUGAAAUCAAAUCUGACUUCUAACUCGCCGCCAUUCGGCCUCUUUUUUGCAUGCUGAAGCAAAAAACCCCUGAUGAUUAAAAUUGUUUUUUCUUAAAUGUGUGUUAUGAACCUUGAAGCACUUAUUAUACCCGCCACCUUUUUGUGAUCCCGGUUUGAACCCCGAUGGUUCAGAGUGUCAGGUCGGUGGUUCCCAAAACGGAGGGCGAGUCAGGACCGCCAAGAGCAGGAGGUCACAAGAUAGUCGACGAGAAAACGAGCUUACAUUUCCUGGCCUUGAUUUCACUUUUCUAAAUGUUUAGUUUUGUCUUUGUGUUAGCCUUUCCAUGCUAGCAGUCAGGCUGUGUGGACGGCGAUGCUAACAGUAAGCUAAACAAUGAUCCAAACUUGUAAAGACGUUUAAAAGCAUCUGAGGAUGAACUCGCUGACUGACUGAUGAUCUUUCAUUUAGUGGCACCAUGAAUACCUCAAAGACUGAUUAAAAGAAUCCUAAACUGUACGUUGUUGAGGUGCUAACUAGCUUACUAAUUUCUUUAUUUAUCGCUUAUACUUGUAAAGCUAGCUACUCCAGUCAGUGCUGCUUAUUAAAUAAAACGAGACAAAUUAUUCUAAAAUCAA